AUGGAGGCCACAACAUGUAAUGGAUCAGUAGAUGGCUCACGGGUCUUCUACCUGGUGGGCAUCCCCUCUCUGCCAGAGUCCCUCUUUCUCCCUGUGUUUUUUAUUUUCCUCCUCUUCUAUCUUCUCAUCCUUGUGGGUAAUGCCCUGAUCCUGUUGGCUGUGGUGGCAGAGCCCAGCCUACACAAACCCAUGUACUUUUUUCUAACCAACCUCUCUGCUCUGGACAUCCUCUUUACCACAACCACUGUCCCCAAGAUGCUGUCCCUAUUUCUGCUUGGGGACCGCUUCCUCAGCUUCUCUGCCUGCUUAUUGCAGAUGUACCUCUUCCAAAGCUUCACAUGCUCAGAAGCCUUCAUCCUGGUGGUCAUGGCCUAUGACCGCUAUGUGGCUAUCUGCCGCCCACUGCACUACCCUGUCCUUAUGACCCCACACACCAACACUGCACUGGCGGCCAGUGCCUGGCUCACAGCUCUCCUUCUGCCCAUCCCAGCAGCGGUGAAAAUCUCCCAGAUGGCAUAUAACAAUAUUAAUUACAUCUACCACUGCUUCUGUGAUCAUCUGGCUCUUGUCCAGGCCUCCUGCUCUGACACCGCACCCCAGACCCUCAUGGGCUUCUGCAUCGCCAUGGUGGUGUCCUUCCUGCCCCUUCUCCUGGUGCUUCUCUCCUAUGCCCACAUCCUGGCCUCGGUGCUUCGCAUCCAUCUGUGA